GUUGUUGUUGUCUUUCAAGCUAUUGGCAAUGCACCCAUCUUGAAACAAAAGGUUUACAAAUUAACUGCAUCCUACAAGUUUCAAACUGUCAUUCAGUUUCUCCGUAAAGAGCUUCGAUAUCAAGGAGCAGAUCCUUUAUUUUUGUAUAUCAAUAGUGCAUUUGCUCCUUCACCGGACGAGACAGUAUCCAAUUUAUACAAGUGCUUUAACACAGAUGGGCAUUUAAUAAUAAAUUAUUGUACAACUGCAGCUUGGGGUUAA